AUGCAGCCAGUACGAUCCCAGCAAAGAGCCCCCGGGAGCUUCUCUCCCUUGCCCGGGAGUGUUUCUUCGGCCUCAACUGCCGCAGCCGCAGCCGCAUCUUCAUCUUCCUUAUUCUCUUCACCAAACCCUCCGAGGCCUCAAAUACGCAGGAUAGAUACAUCUUCGAGCGACGAUACCAUAUCUCUUCCUAAGACGAGAGGCCCUCAGAGCCCCGUCACUACCGUCACCAGCCCUUCUUAUGCCAACAGCCCACACAAUUUCUCUCGUCCGACUAGACCUAGCAUCGAACUUCCUCAACCACGAACCUCUUCACCCUUGACCUUACCUCCUACCCGCGCCAGCCACGUGAGGAAACAUUCACAGACUCAAGGUCUAUUUGAGCCCACCUUACCAUCCACAAGCACGUCCAAUCUCUCCCACGUCGCUAUGGCCCAAGCCCAAGCCCAAGCUCAAGCGCAGGCCCAGAGCCAAUCCGUCGGCGGGCUGUCAGCUAGUCAAAUAGCUGCUCAGGCUGCUGUAAUGCAGCACCAACAACAUAGUCGCCAUCGAUCGCAAACUGUCCCAUUUCCUGGUAGCGACAGCCACGAUACCGCAAAGAGGCCCGGACCCAAGCCGGCUACUGGUCAUCGCAGCCCACCUAUGUUAAGCCUUACCGAGGCGAGUGCUCCGCGGGAUAAUGGCUUUAGCGCUCAAGGUUAUCAUAAUGGCCUGCUAGGAAGUCAUGCUGCUGCCGCUGCCGCUGCGAACGUCGUCUUUCCAAGAUCACCUCAAUCUUCGCCAGGAUUACCACCCCCCGAACAAGCUGCACCAACGCCCCCAGCUAUCCCCGAGAAGCCUGUGAAGGCAGAGAAAUCUAAAGUCAAGCUAUUUUCCCGUCCUAAGAAGAUAGAUACGAAAGGUGAUGCGAAAGAGCGGCCAUUGCCGAGUCCUGGAAAGAUCGGUUCUGCUCUAGCGUCUUUACAACGUGCCAAUUUCAGCACAACUAGUCUGGCAGACUCGUCAUCCUUUUAUAGCUUGGGAAACUCUUCUGCCGCCACUAUUCGCCCAGUCGACCCGUCCAUGGAUAGGGACAGCAGGGAAAAAGAUAAGGAGAAGAAACACCACUUUCUUUCGCGGCAAAAACAUAAGCUUAGCAGCAAAGACGAUUAUCACCUCCCCCUCUCCUCCGCUGCCAGUAAUUCGCGACCCGUCGACCCCAAUGCGCCGUCGAGCCUAUACAAUUUUAACAUACCACCAAGCCCUGGCCCAAACAACAAUAUAGGUAAAAGUGUUAGCGGGCUUGAUCUCCGACACGGAGGGCGCGCAUUACGCGAUAAGAGGAAGGACGACAACGAAUCUUCCUACGGCACAGGAUCUGAAUGGCCUGGACCAGCCAGCUUUGGAUCAGCGGCAGCUGCUACACAUUCUUACCUCUCCGAACCUAUCGACUCGGGAAAAUACGGGCUUCAUAAUAUGUCUUUGGAUGAUGCCUGGCCUUAUCUAAGAGCUAAGCUACUAGUCAUAUUCGAAGGUGAAGAUUUGCGAUCGCCGGUGGAAGACUUCAACCGCGUCGUAAAUAUGCAUAUCCAAUACUGCAUACAGCGUCGCUCGGCUCACAUCAUUGUUGAUGAUCUACGAGAUCUCCUCUCAACCGGCUUCGCUUCACUCGACCAUACAUUGCGCAAAACCUCUGAGGAUAGGUUGAUUCCUUCGUUGGUAGAGCUCUGGAUUUUCACGUUCACAAGUAUCCUACCCUAUAUGCAGGCUGUCUUCCUACCGCUAGACUUGGAAUUUUCCGGCUGUGGAACUCUCUUGACUCCUGAACAAGCACGGGACUUCUGGGGCGGAGUCAUAGCCGACCUGCCAGUGCCAAACACCCAUCCUAGCGGACCGAAUUUUGAGACCCACCUAUCGCCAGCGUCUAGCGUCCUCGAUGUACGGCGGCUCGUGCUCAUAUCUUACCGGGAUUCCCUAAUCUUGCCUAGGUAUGAGAAACUCAAGACGAUAUUCUCGCGAUUAUCUCUCGAGCACCUGCCGUCAUCCCUCUCCUCCCUCGCGUUAGCGUCGCCGCCACUUUUGAAUGACAGUAUCGCAACUCUCUCUACAUCGCCGAGCGAUGGAUUCUCAGGUCGUCCCGGGACGGCAAUGUCGUUGGACCCGAGCAUCGCAAGCUACAAUUCGACCUCUACUACGGUCUUUGGCAACGACUCGAACCCGUCGCGAAGUCGGGCCAUCAGCAACGUGUCAUUCGGCAGCGGCGUGUCGGACCCUGCGUCUACUGGCACCGGAGGUCUACUUAGGCCAUUCACGCCGCAGAUGAGAGACAACGAUCGGGGCGGUAGGGAAAUUCUAGGCAGCGUACGGGAACAAAAUGUCGAGGAUAGCAAGCAGGUUACGGAGAUGGUGGGUCGCAUGCUUCAGUGCAUGAGCGUGCUAGCAAGCGUCGACACAGGCAUCAACGUCUCCAGUACCGACGAAGCAAGCAAAAUGGUGGCAGAGUUGGGUCGACUGCUAAAGCUGAACUGGUUGGGUAGAGGCCGAACAGGCAGGAACCGGAGGGGUAUGGUUGGUGGGAGGGUUAAGAGGCAGGAGAAUAACAACUCCAUCAACCACGGCAUUUUAAGGGAAGGAAUACGCGAAGGUGUUGAGGUUGUUUGA